AGUCAAAGGUAUAAGGAUAAACAAAACAUACUUGACAUCGCAGGUAUAAUUCCAGACUUGAUCGCUUUUCCUCAUCGUUAUGAAAUUUUAAGGAUAUAAAGGACACUUAAUCCAGCAGAAAACCCUUUGAAGAUUUACGCAGUAUCAAUUUAUCCGUUCGUUCAAGUGACAAAUAAUUUUUGAACUUAUGGAAGCAAUGGAUAAUGAGAUCUCAGCAGCAGAAGCAAAAACCGUUGAAGCUUCUUCAACAUCCACAUUUUUGUCAAAAUUCUCAUCACUUCCGGCAUCUAUUUCGUCCAGGAUGUCUGUAUUUGCAGAUGCCGUGGUUUCAUCAACUACUAGCCCAUUUAGUAAACAUCACCAACACGAUUCAAAACCGACUUUGGCAGAAGUCACAAAAAAGAGCUUCGAUUUCAACGACAUGCUUGUGCAUAUUCCUCUUGACCCUAACGAACCAGUUCGGACAUAUGCCGAAAUUGACAAAAUGGAAGCCCAGGAAAAAUCUGAGGCAAAGAAAUCAACAGGGUUUCAACACGUGAUGAGGAAUGCUUUUAAAACCUUGAGGAUUUCAAAGAAAACUUCUCUAGAACAAAUCGCGUCAAAUCCGAAUGGCAGGAUUGCCGAAGAGGACAGGAAUUCAUUUGGCGAAGGAAGCGACAUCUUGGAAAAUUUUGGCCAAACUGAACUGAUUUUGAAGGAAGAUGACGUUCAAACCCCGCUUAUUCCAGAUGUUUUUCCAGUCGGUAUUCCAGCACCCGGAAUGGGAAACAUUCCAUCAUCUCUAGAACCCACAGAUGAAGACAGCCAAUCCCUCACCACCGACGAAAUCACUCUCAGCAAACUUUCAAAGGAUCCCUGUGUUUCAGUGGACUGCCUGACCGGAAGUCAGUGUCACGUGGACAUGAUGGAGUGCAGACCAACGCAACCCGGCGGGUUGCUCAUCACCAGCACCGGAGGCAAGGACGUGCAAUACGUCUGUCGGGUUCAUCCCCAAGCGCCGUUUUCUUUCCUGGUCCAGGAAAUCCGAACCCGUGAGGGGUUCUCAUCAGUAGCACAGAAAAUUGACUCAAGCGCAGGAGACAAUGUGAACACAGGAUUGGAAGACUGUCUGGAGGAUUUCACUCUGGAAGUUUUGCGGAAAAAGCCGGUGAAUCUCAGAAUUUUCGCCCAACAACACUUCGAAAGGAAGGUCCGAGAAAAUGGUGAAGGAAUAAAAGCCCGACCAGAAAUCAUGCUGAUUCCAAUGAUGAUGGCGUGA